AUGGGUUGGAUGUGGGGUGUGAGGAAGGCGGAUGCUAGACAGAGGGCCUGGCCUCCUUUCCUCGUCUAUAAAGUGGGGGACCUGGUGGAGCCCACUGCAAGACUGUGGGGCUCUGUGAUGCAGUUGUCGUAUGUGGCUGUAGCUAGGGACAACUGGCUAGACAAGGUCAAGUCUGGCAGCAUUGUGUGUCAGCAGGACAGCCUGGAUGCUUUAUUGGGGAGGGCCUCAGCAGCUGACCCAGCAGCCUUCCCCUCCGUGCAGACUGUGGAACAUGGCUUCCCCAACCAGCCCAGUGCCCUGGCCUUCGACCCUGAGCUUCGCAUCAUGGCCAUCGGCACCAGAUCUGGUGCUGUCAAGAUUUAUGGUGCACCUGGUGUGGAGUUCACAGGCUUGCACCGUGAUGCAGCCACUGUCACACAGAUGCACUUCUUGCCGGGCCAGGGCCGCCUCCUGACCCUGCUGGACGACAGCAGCCUGCAUCUCUGGGAGAUUGUCCACCAUAAUGGCUGCGCCCACUUGGAAGAAGCACUCAGUUUCCAGCCGCCCUGCCGGCCUGGCUUUGACAGUGCCAGUGCCCUGCCCAGCCUCACUCGUGUCACAGUGGUCCUGUUGGUGGCUGCUGGUGACACUGCAGCCCUGGGCACUGAGGGUGGCAGCGUCUUCUUCCUGGAUGUGACUACCCUGACGCUGCUUGAGGGGCAGACCCUCAGCCCAGAUGAGGUUCUGCGCAGUGUGCCUGACGACUACCGGUGUGGGAAGGCCCUGGGCCCUGUGGAGUCACUCCAGGGCCACCUGCAGGACCCCAACAAGAUUCUCAUUGGCUACAGCCGGGGCCUGCUGGUCAUCUGGAACCAGGCCACACAGUGUGUGGACUGUGCCUUCCUGGGAAACCAGCAGCUGGAAAGCCUGUGCUGGGGGCGCGAUGGCAGCACCAUCGUCAGCUCACACAGUGAUGGCAGCUACGCAGUCUGGUCCACAAACGCCAGCGGCUCCCCGACACUGCAGCCCACAGUAGCCACCACACCCUACGGCCCCUUUCCCUGCAAGGCCAUCAACAAGAUUUUGUGGCGGAACUGUGAAUCUGGGGGCCACUUUAUCAUCUUUAGUGGUGGCAUGCCCCGUGCCAGCUAUGGCGACCGCCACUGUGUGAGUGUGCUGCGAGCUGAGACACUGGUGACGCUGGACUUCACCUCCCGCAUCAUCGACUUCUUCACAGUGCACAGCACACGGCCUGAGGAUGAGUUCGAUGACCCCCAGGCCCUGGCCGUACUGCUUGAGGAGGAGCUGGUGGUGCUGGACCUGCAGACUCCUGGCUGGCCGGCUGUGCCUGCCCCAUACCUGGCCCCGUUGCACUCUUCUGCUAUCACCUGCUCGGCCCACGUGGCCAGCGUCCCUGCCAAGCUGUGGGCCCGUAUCGUCAGCGCUGGCGAGCAGCAGAAUCCCCAGCCUGCCUCCAGCGCCUCAAGCUGGCCCAUCACUGGGGGUCGGAACCUGGCCCAGGAACCGUCACAGCGAGGGCUGUUGCUGACUGGCCAUGAGGAUGGCACCGUGCGCUUCUGGGAUGCCUCAGGUGUGGCACUGCGGCCACUCUACAAGCUGAGCACAGCUGGCCUCUUCCAGACGGACUGUGAGCAUGCUGACAGCCUGGCCCAAGCUGCCGAGGACGACUGGCCACCCUUCCGCAAGGUGGGCUGCUUCGACCCCUACAGUGAUGACCCCCGGCUUGGUGUGCAGAAGGUUGCACUCUGCAAGUAUACAGCCCAGAUGGUGGUGGCCGGCACUGCAGGCCAGGUGCUGGUGCUGGAGCUCAGUGAUGUGCCGGCAGAGCAGGCAGUCUGCGUGGCCAGCGUGGACCUUCUCCAGGACCGCGAGGGCUUCACAUGGAAGGGCCAUGAGCGACUGAGCCCACGCACAGGGCCACUGCCCUGGCCUGCAGGCUUCCAGCCCCGCGUGCUGGUGCAGUGCCUGCCACCAGCCGCUGUCACCGCUGUCACCCUCCACACGGAGUGGAGCCUUGUGGCCUUUGGCACCAGUCAUGGCUUUGGCCUCUUCGACUACCAUCGCAAGAGCCCUGUGCUUGCCAGGUGCACUCUUCACCCCAACGACUCCCUGGCCAUGGAGGGGCCCCUCUCCCGGGUGAAGUCGCUCAAGAAGUCGCUGCGCCAGUCUUUCCGGCGGAUCCGCAAGAGCCGUGUCUCAGGCAAGAAGCGGACCGUUAAUGCCAAUAGCAAGUUGCAGGAGGCCAACGCGCAGCUGGCAGAGCAGGCCUGCCCCCACGAUGUGGAGAUGACGCCUGUACAGCGCCGCAUCGAGCCCCGCUCUGCUGACGACUCCCUUUCGGGCGUUGUGCGUUGCCUCUACUUUGCUGACACGUUCCUUCGAGAUGCGGCCCACCACGGCCCGACCAUGUGGGCAGGCACCAACUCGGGCUCCGUGUUUGCCUACGCACUGGAGGUACCAGCAGCAGCAGUGGGUGGCGACAAGCGGCCUGAGCGGGCGGUGGAGGCCGUGCUGGGCAAGGAGGUGCAGCUGAUGCACCGGGCACCUGUGGUGGCCAUCGCUGUACUGGACGGACGCGGCCGCCCGCUUCCCGAGCCCUAUGAGGCCUCGCGGGACCUGGCACAGGCACCUGACAUGCAGGGUGGCCACGCCGUGCUCAUUGCAUCUGAGGAGCAGUUCAAGGUGUUCACACUGCCCAAGGUGAGUGCCAAGACCAAGUUCAAGCUGACAGCCCAUGAGGGCUGUCGCGUACGCAAGGUGGCACUGGCCACGUUUGCCAGUGUGGCCUGUGAGGACUAUGCUGAGACCUGCCUGGCCUGCCUCACCAACCUGGGCGACGUCCACGUCUUCUCAGUGCCUGGCCUGCGGCCCCAGGUGCACUACUCCUGUAUCCGAAAGGAGGACAUCAGCGGCAUCGCCUCAUGUGUCUUCACACGUCACGGCCAGGGCUUCUACCUGAUCUCCCCGUCAGAAUUUGAGCGCUUCUCCCUAAGUGCACGGAACAUCACAGAGCCUGUCUGCUCUCUCGACAUCAACUGGCCCCGAAAUUCCACCCGAGCCAGGCUCCAAGAGUCACCCAAGCUGAGCCAGGCUAAUGGGACCCCAAGCAUCAUCCUGGCCCCACAGAGCUGUGGCGGAAGCCCUGAUCCAGCCCACAGCAAAGGAACUGAUACCUCAGAGCCACCGGAGGCCACACUCUCGCCCAUGUCCAUCGACUCUGCCACCAGUGCUGACACCACCCUUGACACGACAGGGGACGUCACGGUAGAGGAUGUGAAGGAUUUCCUGGGCUCUUCGGAAGAAUCUGAGAAGAAUCUGAGGAACCUGGCGGAGGGUGAAACCCGUGCCUGUGCCAUCCUGAUUAAAUGAGGAAGGCCAGCGCUACCCCAGCCAUCGCCUGCCCUGCUCAGAGCCGGGGUCCUGGAUCCCUGGCUCCUGCCCGGCCCCUUAACAUAGACCCACACCUGCUAACCUGUGGGUGCCAGUGGGACCUGCCGUCCCAUCCCUGCUGACCCCGGGCCCUGGAGCAGCACCAGCCCCAGGGUGUGGGCCCAGGCCUUGGCCCAGGAGUCUGGAUCCUCCAACAGGAAGUCGGCUGCCCUGGGGAGGGGACAGGUGGGGCCAGGCACCCUGUGCCACCUCCCACUCCACACGCCGUUCUGCGCCCUCCCUUUGCAGAGUAUUUUUCUAACGCCUGGGCUGGACAGUUGUUUCUAAAACUAUUUUGGUACUUGCUCCUGGGCCAGCCCCCCAGCCUGUGCAUGGGUGCACGUGUGUGUGUGUGCGUGUGUGUGUGUGUGAGAGAGAGAGAGAGAGAAACUGGGAGCUCCGCUGGGCACCCAUGACCUGGGCCCAGUCAGGUAUGAGUGUGUGUGUCAGGGGGGUCAAGAUAGGUUUCCCUGUAGAUUGUACCUUGGGGUUUUUUUCUGUCGUUUUGUUAAAAAUUAGCGCCGUUUUAAUAUUAAAAAUACUGAUUUUUAAUAUCGAAAAUAAAAGCAUUUAAUACCUCUUAAA